AUGUUUGGACUGCUUUCGAGUCUUGCUAACACAUUUUGGGUAGAGAGGCAUCCACCCUAUCGAGUUGUCUUCUUAGGACUGAAGGGUUCGGGAAAGUCGACGCUAGUACGCGCGAUUCGCAAGAGGCUAGCGGGUGAGGUACCGAGCUCGAACGCGCACCCCGUCGCCGCCGUUGCGCAGCGCUGGGUUGCCGAACCCGUGCACCCAGACUCCAAUGGUUCAGUUGAUGGCCAACGAGAGCGCUAUAUUCCGACCGUGGGACUCGACCGCUUCUCGGUCACGAGUGCGGCCAACGGUCCGGAGGUUACUUGGGUGCUCUUGGACCUCGGCGGGGACGCCUCUUUCCGUUUUCUUUGGGGUAGGUAUCUGCAACAGGCUGAUGCCGUGGUAUGGGUCAUCGACGGAUCUGAUGCAACUCGGAUAGAAGAGUGCAUCGCGGCACUGCAGGAGACCUGCGAGCACCUUGCCCCCUCUGCCGCUGCGUCCGUCGCCGAAGCGGGAUGCAGUCGUCACGGUAUCGCCGACGCUGGGUCCAAGCAUUCGCAGCCGUCGCCAAAGCGGCCGCUUAUCCUGGUGAUCAACAGGCUCCAUGGAGGCCAAUUUGAGGAUGCCGCUCCUCAUUGGGAAGAAGCGCUCACGCGACUCAUCGAAGGCGUGACAAAGAAGGGCGCCGUGGGACCUGUCGCGCUCCAGCACGUUGACGCGCUCACCGGGUAUGGCGUGCAUUGUGUUGUCGAGUGGCUGCUCGCGAAUCGCCCGACAUUGCCGUCCGCCUAG